AUGGACCCUAUGGACAUGCUUUUAAUGAAUAGCACUGAUGUGGAGUAUUUUCUCCUCUGCUUCCCACAGCAGUCUGACUCCUGCCUCCGAAAAUCUCGUCUCCUGAUGAUCAGAGUGACCAUGUACGUCCUAAAUCUCUCAACGAUCCUCAUGACUGUGUUCGGUAACCUGCUGGUGAUCAUCACUAUCUCUUAUUUCAAACAGCUGCAUUCUCCGACCAACUUCAUCAUCCUCUCUUUAGCAUACGUGGACUUCAUGUUGGGCUGCCUGGUCAUGCCUUUCAGUAUGGUGCGCUGGGUGGAAGGCUGCUGGUUCAUUGGAGAUCUGUUUUGUCAAAUCCAUUCCAGUUUAGACAUGACUCUGAGUAUCGCCUCCAUCCUCCACCUGUGUUUGGUUUCCAUCGACAGGUUCAUAGCCAUUACUGAUCCUCUGAGCUAUAAGAUGAAGAUGACUAACAGAACUGUUUCAGUUUGUAUCGCGGUCGUUUGGCUCUUUUCAUGCCUGUUCAGUUUCGGGAUUGUGUUCUCCAAAAUCAAUGUUGCAGGUCUGGAUGAGCAAAUGUUGAACCCUUGUGUUGGGAACUGUGUUUUGAUUUUUAACAAGGAAUGGGGUGUUAUUGCUCCACUUCUCAACUUUUACAUUCCAGGAGCCGUCAUGAGCUCUCUGUAUCUUAAAAUUUUUCAUGUGGCGAGAAAACAAGCCAGAUUCAUUUCUGAUAGGCCCGGCGUGGUUGUUUCUGGUGGAACGAAACACCAGGUAUCAGACGUGAGGGAAAGAAAAGCAGCUAAAACUCUGGGCAUCGUUAUGGGAGUUUUUCUUUUGUGUUGGCUGCCGUUUUUUCUCACCACUGUAAUUGAGCCUUUUUUUAACUUCUCAACCCCUCUUGAUGUUUUUGAUGCUCUGGGCUGGUUUGGAUAUUCUAAUUCCCUGUUUAAUCCUCUGAUCUAUGGAUUUUUCUAUCCACGAUUCCAGAAAGCAUUUAAAAUUAUUAUUAUGAGAUACGUUUUACGCCUGAGAACUUCAAACAACCUGGAGCUUUAA